GAUUCCCAAUCAUGCAUACCGUCAUCUUAGCUGGUGGCCGCGGGCGACGCCUUGCUCCUUACACCAUCAACUUCCCGAAGCCGCUCGUUCCUGUCGGUGAAAUGCCGAUCCUGGAAAUCGUUCUGCGUCAACUUCAUGGCGCAGGGUGCGAUAAAGCCACGCUUGCCGUGGGGCACUUGGCGGAAUUGAUCAUGGCUUACUUUGGAAAGGGCGAGCAAGUUGGUGUCGACUUGACCUAUUCCAGCGAAAAGCAGCCGUUGGGAACUGUCGGCCCUCUCGCGUUGAUGAAUGAUCUACCCGAGGACUUCCUCGUAAUGAAUGGGGAUGUACUGACGACACUCGACUAUCGAGCGUUGUAUGAAUAUCACCUGCAACAUGAUGCCGAUCUUACGAUCGCUUGCCAUCGCUGCACGACCAAAAUCGAUCUCGGCAUUGUCGAGUUCGACGAACGACUUCAGGUUACCGGCUAUCGUGAAAAGCCGCGACUUCCAUACGACGUCUCAAUGGGUGUCUACGCAUUCAAUCGACGCGCCUUGGAUGUCGUUCCGAUGGGCGAGUAUUACGAUCUUCCGACGCUCGUUCUCAAGCUGGUCGAACUCGGCCGUAAAGUCAAAGUUUACAUGUCCGACGCCAUGUGGCUCGACAUCGGUCGCGUGGAAGACUAUGCCAACGCCAGUUCCGUGUUCGAGGAACAUCGAAAACUCACCAUGAAAAUUCUCGUUAUCGGCGGAGCAGGCUACGUCGGAUCGGUUCUCACAACACGUCUUCACGAACAAGGGCACGAACUGACCGUACUCGAUUCGCUCGUGUUCGGAUCGCAGUCGUUGGACAACCUCAAAGGACAGGAACGGUUUGAACUGAUCGAGGGUGAUCUUCGCGACCAGGAACUGCUCGAUCGCACGAUCCCAGGCCACGAUGCCGUUUGUCUGUUGGCGGCGAUUGUUGGGGAGCCUGCUUGCAACCGGGAUGAAGCAACAGCCGAAGAGAUCAAUUUGCAUGGAGCUCUUAAAGUUCUGGAGACUUCCAAGAAGCAUGGUGUGACCCGAUUUGUUUUUACGAGCACUUGCAGCAACUACGGCAUCUCCGAUCCGAAUGCCCCGGCAACGGAAACCUCGCCGCUGAAACCUCUGUCGGUCUACAGCCGAUCGAAAGUUGAAGCCGAGAAGGCAAUCCUUGCCUCCGCCGACGAGAACUUUGUUCCAACGGUUUUGCGUCUCAGCACGGCGUUCGGCAUUUCGCCGCGCAUGCGAUUCGACCUGUUGGUCAGCGAUUUUACUUUGGCCGCGUAUCGUGAACACAAAGUGGUCAUCUACGGCGGCCAAUUCUGGCGACCUUUUGUUCACACGCAAGACAUCGCUCGAGCUAUCGAGAUGGUUUUGAAUGCCUCUCCCGACGUCGUUUCCGGCGAAGUCUUCAAUAUCGGCGGCGACGGCAACAACGUCCAAAAGCAAGAACUCGGUGAAAUGGUCAAGGAAGAAGUUCCCGACACCACCAUUGAAUACAUCACUGCGGGAACUGAUCCGCGAAGCUAUCGCGUUGAAUUCUCCAAGGCGAAAUCGCAACUGGGAUUCGAGCCGGAAUGGAGCGUUCGUGACGGCGUGAAGGAGGUUUAUCACUGCCUUCAGGAAGAUCGCUGGUCUGAUCCCAAAGACGCUCGGCAUUUCAACUAA